CUCUAUUUGUGGCGUAGCAGUGAUCCCAGCUUUAAAAAAUGCCACUUUGCAUUGAAGCGCCAGUUGGCGGUGUCUGAUGUUGCCAUGACAACCUCUUGUCUUAUAUUUUCUACCAAUCGAGGAGAAGCCUUUAUGGGAUAUCUGUCAAACAAAAAAAUCAUCCCACCAUCUAAUAAAGAUAAUGAAACAAAACAAGCCAAGGAGUUGGUGAAAGAGUGUGGUGAUGGUUUUGGUCAAACUAGGCUUCUUGAUUUACUUCUGAAAGAGGGAGUGGAAGAAGUUCAAGUUCGCCGUCUACCAGUUGUCCACAGAGCUGUGAUAGUAUCUUCUGAUCGCAAAGGCCGGAAUUUUGCUGUAAUACAAGCUUUGCCAAAUUCUUGCAUGUCUGAGUUUCCCUCAGUAACUACCUCAGAGAUGAAUGAGCAGUUUGGUAGACUUUUAUCUGAAGCUGACAGUCAAGACAAUAUCCAUGAUGCUGUAAUUCAGGUGGGAAACAGGUUAUGGCCUGUCCAUAAAUAUAUUGUUGCCAUGAGGUCAGAUGUGUUCAAGAACAUGGUGACAACCAGUGCUAGCCCCAAAGGGGAGGUACUGAUGCUGAAAGUUGACAGUGUCAGCCCUGAGAUCAUGGAACAACUCAUUACCUUCAUGUACACAGACAUGUGUGACUUUUUGCAGCCUGGCUUCAAAAUCAAUCUGUCUCAAACAUCAGAGAAGGAGAACCUGGAACAGCACAAGAAACUCCCUAGAUCACUUCAGGAUACAGAUGAUAUUGAUGACCUCAUUUCUACCAAGGGUUUGUCAGCUUUCCAGGUGCAGGAGCAGAGGAACUUGCAGAAAAAUAAAAAGAAAGAAGCUGUUAAAGCUUAUCCAGAGACUUCAGAGAACAAUGUCCACCAUUCCCAGAAUUAUGUGAAGAUGCUACAGGAAGCAGCCAGAAAGUUUGGAGUAAAGGGCUUGUCAAAGAGAUUAGAUGCCGUAAAAUGUAGCAACGGCGUCAUCUUGUCACAUGGAAAACCGUUAGUCAAACCAAAAGUCAAAUUUGAUCGAACAAAGCUACCAGAAUUGUAUGAUGUGAAAAUCAAGACUGAAGGAGGCCUUGAGGUCCAGUGUCAUAAAUGUGUGCUGGUGUCCAGACUGGAGUACUUUCACAGUAUGCUGGCCACCGGCUGGAUUGAGACCUUCAACACUACAACCCUAACUCUGCCUGUUUGCGGAGAUGUCCUGGAGGUGCUUGUGGAUUACCUCUACACUGACGAAGCCGGUCAGCUCAGAGACAGCACAGAUGAGGAACUGCUGUGUAAUGCAUUAAUUGUAUCAGAUCAGUUGCUUGCAUGGAGGUUAGAAGGAGAUGUGUGA